UUAAGUCUGUUGUGAUGUUUGCAUUAAUAAUGUGUUUAUCUUUCCUUUUAUUCUCCAAAAGGAGUGUGUGUCUGUGUCAGUUACCAUGGGAGUCCAAAACAAUUUUCACUCCUCUGCCACAGUCUGCCCAUGAUCCCAGAUUUUGAGACCUUUGCCACAGAUCCUGGUGGGAUACCAGACAUAUGGGACGCCUGGUUUGACGAGGUCUUUCUCCCUCUGGAAAAUAUCCAAAGUGCAGGCUCUCUCCCUGAUGGUCUGGAGGAGAACCAGGUUCCACAGGACGAGAUCCAGGAUCUGAACAGAGUGGUUUUGGAUGAAGGUCUCAAUACAACUGAUUUAGACCACAAAGUGGCCAAGCCGACCCAAACUUUGACUGAAUGUAGAAACCACCGUGCCUUCAAAUGGUGUCGUCGUGGAGCACUUCACAUCAAACUUGGCUGUCUUAACCAGGCCCUUGAAGAUCUCAAUGCUGCCAUCUCCCCGGAGCCUCAUUUACUGGAUGCCUACUGGCACAGACACUGCAUCUACCUGCUGAGAAACGACCCCGAUAGAGCUCUGGAUGAUCUAAACUUCAUCGUCAAGAACAACAAGAAGCAUGCAGACCUUCACCAUCAUUUCUACAAGGACUGAUGCAAUGAUGAUCAGUAGAAUACAGCACUUCAACAGCUCCAAAUGGAUGCAGGCCCUGGAAGACUUCUCCUUACUGCUGAAGCAAGAACCUGGGAAUGCGAGAGCCAGAACAUACAGAGGAAGGAUCUAUUCCAAGCUGGGUCAGUUUGAGAAGUCUAUCAAGGAUUUUUCUCUGACUGUGCACUUGGAUCUCCCAGUAGCUGGUUGGCGUUUUACCACAGAGGGUGUCUGUUGAGGGAGAUAAUGCCUCAUAUAGCCUUAAGGGAUCUCAACACAUCUGGUAACACGCACAUGUUUGAUAUAACACAUGAAAACGUGCAAUUUUCACAGUUUCUCUAUAUAUAGAUACAUGACUUUGCCAACAUUUUAAGGGGCUUGAGGAAGACUGAUGCCCAUGGGAAUUUUUAAGUAAUAUGUUGAGGUCUGACACUUUCUGUUGAAAAGCAGGGUGAUUAGACAGAUGGUUCAGUCACGGUUGUUCAACAAUCAAUUCAAAAGUUACACAUGAGUGUUUUUCAUAAGAUUUCUUCAGGAAGCCCAAAGGAAAGAAAAAAUCAGAAACAAGAUCUCUUUAAUGUCUUUAAUAUCUCAUAUCUCUUUAACAUUUCUUCUAAACAUCAAUGGGACUGCAUCUGCUUCUCAGUUUUUUUCCUCCUGAGAGAGACCU